AAAAAUAUUUCAAUUAAAUAACUUUUUCUUUGGUUCUAAAUGAGCGUGAUUUCAUUUGUAUGUUUAAUUUUAUUGAAAAUUUUAACGCCUCGGGUUUAUUCUCUUGUGAAUGUCGCAUUUCCGAGGGUUGUGAAAGCGUCCGUUUUCCUAACGUUGUGAUAAAUAGGUUUCACUGUAUUCCAACGGGGCGCCCCUCCUGGCCAAUCAGUGUGUCUGCAGCAGCUUCGACACCACCCCCCAGCGGCCGCACAGGCGCACUGAGCUUCCAACUGCCAUUUUGUGGCAGAAGCUACUCUGCUAAAGCAGGAGAAGGAUUAAAACAAACUGCGAAGAAGCCCGCAUUUUUUCCUAGUCGGCUAAACUUUGUAGCACAGACUCUGUGCUUUCCGCCGAGUUAAGCAGAAGGAGAAACAGACUAAAAGAGUUCCUACCCAGCAUGGACGGGAGGCCAACAGAUGGUGUAGGGGUUGUGGAUGUCCCCACCAAAGAGUUUCCGUCCAUCCAAGCUGUUCACAGCCAGGAUGCCAUGGUGGCGGAUCUCCUUCAGCAAGCAGCCGAGGCUGGGGGUGUGGUGGAGGGACAAGCUGGAGUUGUCGUAGAACAAGGUCACGGGGAAGGAAUGGCAGCAGCCACUCAAUCCCAGCAACAGCUAAUGGAAGGAGUUGGUGUGGAAGGUGGCACAGGUGUUGAAAUGAUGGUUAUGGACUCAUUGGAUCCCACCCUGUUGCAGAUGAAGACUGAGGUAAUAGAUGCUGCAGUGGGAGGAUCAUCAGCUGCGGUGGGUGUGGUCGGAGGGGUACCAGGUGGUGCUCACCAAGCUACUGUGACAACUGUGGAUCAAACGCAGAUAAUCACCCUACAGGUGGUGAACAUGGAGGAGCAAGCCGCGUUGGGCUUGGGGGAGCUACAGCUGGUUCAGGUGCCUGUUUCAGCCACUACUGUAGAGGCGCUUCAACAGGGCAAUUUUGUAGACACUACUGCAAUGCCUAAAGAUGGAGACCCAGUUAUCUGUCACACCCUUCCACUGCCUGAAGGCUUUCAGGUAGUUAAGGUUGGUGCUAAUGGUGAGGUGGAGACUGUGGAACAGGAGGAGGAAGGAGCAGAAACGCAACCUGAUGAGGAGGAAGAUGAAGAGGUGGGUAACCAGCUUCUGGAAGAGGGGGAAGAGGAGCCUGUUCAGCCUCCAAAUGACGACCCAAACUGGGCUAAGGACCCAGACUAUCAGCCACCAUCUGGAGUUGUUAAGAAGAUCAAAAAGGGUAAAAAGAGUCGUCUGCGUUAUGCUGAGGGAGACAAGGAUAUGGAUGUCAGUGUCUAUGACUUUGAGGAAGAACAGCAGGAGGGCCUUCUGUCUGAGGUCAAUGCUGAGAAAGUGGUCGGCAACAUGAAACCACCUAAACCUACCAAGAUAAAGAAGAAGGGAGUGAAGAAGACAUUUCAGUGUGAGCUGUGUAGCUACACAUGCCCUCGACGCUCCAACUUGGACAGGCACAUGAAGAGCCACACAGAUGAGAGACCUCACAAAUGUCAUUUGUGUGGAAGAGCUUUUAGGACAGUCACUUUGCUAAGAAACCAUCUCAACACUCACACCGGAACUCGUCCACACAAGUGCACAGACUGUGAUAUGGCUUUCGUGACCAGUGGAGAGCUGGUUCGCCAUCGUCGCUACAAGCACACACACGAGAAACCCUUCAAAUGCUCCAUGUGUGACUAUGCCAGUGUGGAGGUGAGCAAAUUAAAGCGUCACAUUCGUUCCCACACCGGUGAGCGUCCAUUCCAGUGCAGUCUUUGCAGUUACGCUAGCAGAGACACUUACAAGCUGAAGAGACACAUGAGGACACACUCAGGAGAGAAACCCUAUGAGUGCUACAUCUGCCAUGCCCGAUUCACCCAGAGUGGAACCAUGAAGAUGCACAUUCUGCAGAAGCACACUGAAAAUGUGGCCAAAUUCCACUGUCCACACUGUGACACUGUCAUUGCACGCAAGAGUGACUUGGGUGUCCAUCUUCGUAAGCAACACUCAUUCAUUGAGACCGGAAAGAAAUGUCGUUACUGUGACGCAGUUUUUCAUGAGCGCUACGCUCUGAUCCAGCACCAGAAGUCACAUAAGAAUGAGAAGAGGUUCAAAUGUGACAUGUGUGACUACUGCUGUCGCCAGGAGCGCCACAUGGUCAUGCAUCGCCGAACCCACACCGGAGAGAAACCAUAUGCCUGCAGCCAGUGUGAAAAGACCUUCAGACAGAAGCAGCUCCUGGACAUGCACUUCAAACGCUACCAUGACCCCAACUUUAUCCCUGCCACCUUUGUUUGUCCCAAGUGUAACAAGACCUUCACCCGAAGGAACACCAUGGCUCGCCAUGCUGAGAACUGCAGUGGUGAGGUGGAGGAUGCUGAGAAUGGAGCUACAAUCCCAAAGAAAGGAAGAAGAGGAAGAAAGAGGAAGAUGAGGAGCAGGAGGGAUGAUGAUGAUGACAGUGAUGAGGAUCAUGCUGAGCAGGAUGAUGAUGAGGAAGAGGGUGAGGGUGAGGAAGAGUCAUCACUUCUACAGGAAGAGGAGGACCCAGAAAGCAUGGAACUGGACCAGGCUCCAGCCGCCAUUCCUGUACCAGCCCCCGAUGAGCCACCAGUCAAGAGGAAACGAGGCCGUCCCCCCAAAAAUGCCCCCAAGCCUCCAACACCCAGCAAGUCCGUUAGAGUUGCUACCAAAACAACUGCUUCUGCUGCUGCCAUCAUUCAGGUGGAGGAUGAGAGCACUGGGGCAGUGGAGAACAUCAUAGUGAAGAAGGAGGAAGGUGAUGCUUCUGCAGCGACUCCUCUGGAGCAGGGAGUGGCCCUCACUGUGGAGGGGGUGGGGCUUGAUGAAGGGGUAGAGACUGUUGAGCUUCCUGUGAACGAAGAAACAGCGGCAGCUUCAGCAAACGGAGAUUUGACACCAGAGAUGAUCCUUAGCAUGAUGGACCGGUGAACGUAACACAGCAACGCACAUGUAGCCGGACUAUGACUAAAAUUACUGCAUACUUCCCCAUUGCCUUCAUUUCGUGCUUCAUCCAAUGGCAGCCGUUCUGCUUAAAUGGCUUCCGAAUGCGACAGCAGGAGCAGUCGUGCACUAAGAGUAGAAGCUGCAUGUAUGUGUUUAAACACAAUGUCUUCACAUCCCUGUGUGUCAGCCUGUAUGCUCAUGUUUCAGGUCUCUGUCACACAUCCUUCCAUGACCCUUGCUGUACACAGAUAAUGUCAAAGCUAAAACUGCUCUCUGCUGUUAAAUGCUUUUCUUCCAGUUUGAAUGUCUUUUCAAUGGCUCUAAGUGGAUUUUGCUAAUUAUUCCUACCCAAAGCCACAUCCUGUGCCAGUCUCUACCCACACACCCUACCCUCUCCAUGUCUUUAAUAUGAGAACAUUAUUUGAUGGAACUUUACAUUCAAGUAUUUUUUUGUUUUUUAGAAGAAGAACUGUGAGAUGUCCUGCUUGCAGUUCUUUACAACUAUGCUGAUUUUGCAAAUUCCAAGCCUUUGUGUGUGUGUGUGUGUGCGUGUGCGUAUGUGUGUGUGUGUGUGUGUGUGUGUGUGAGUCUGGGUAUAAAUGUAGCUUUUCCUAACAAUGACAUUAUAUGGUACUUUCAGAUGCCAUUUUUGCUUAGUUUUGUGAUUUUUAAUUUUCUUUCCUAAAGUCUAAUUCCCCUCUUUUUCCUGUGGAAACACAUGGUCACCAUAGUGGUGUUAUUAGUCAGCUGUUUGUACACUGAGUCAGCAGAAUGAGUCUUCCUGUGAGUAGGCAUGGGGUAAGUGUUGACAUCAAUAGAAGUGAGUGGUGAUAGUUUUUCAGCCUUCUUGUUAAACCUUGUGAACUGAAACUAGCCCCCAGUCAACUUAUGUAAACUAAAACGGAAGAGACGGCUCAUAAAUGAGUUCGGCCAUAUCACACACGCAGCCGAAACUUCAACUGUUUCACACAUGGGAGAUAUUUGUCAUUCAUAUGUCACUGAAUGUUUCUCCUCCUGUCCACAUUUUUGAAGGAAAGGGUAGUACACGUCUCAUGAAACCCUGCUGGUUGGAGAAAAUGUGGAUAAUCCUACUUAUACAAUAUCGUAUUAUAGCAGUGGUUUUUGAACACCCCAAGCACUUCAGCUAAUCCCAGUUCUUACUGUAACAGUCAUUAUGCAUUUUGUAAAUCAGUCGCUCAAACACGUUCUUCACCUACAAUAAUCAGUGAAAACUAGCUGUGGCGGAUGGAGUGCAUGUACAUACACAUUUUAACACCUUUGAAUGUUUUUAUUAUCUGAACAUGUGUUGGGAAAGAGACAGCAAGGCUUGCAUGUAUUUUUCUAAACCUGAGUGUCCUGAGCGAAGGGCCUUCACCAUCAUGCUUUCAUUCUACAGAUUAGCAUAUAUACCCAAACCAACUGAAUUGAUUUCUGCCACCCCCAACUGUCUCUCUGUUAGCUUGUGUCUGCUGUGAUGCAUUACAGUUAAAUUUUUGAUCUUUUUGUAGUUGUCACUGUUUCUCUUCAGUUGGUUGAGUUCAAUGCGUAGUGGGGCCAGUUUGACUUCUAGUGGACUGUAAGUUGUUGCUUGAAGAUGGGUUUGUAUCUAAAAACAGAAGUGACUUGGAACUCGUUUGUAGGGACAGAAUGACCCUUGUGCAAAUGCACUGUUCAACAUACUGGAUCUUAUCUGGCCAAGUUGGUCCCCUGCCGUCGUCAUCUCUGAGGGAAAGCUGCAUUUAAGCCUCUGUGUUCAGUUCUUCAUACAUUUCAGUUUCUUCGUGUCUGCACACUCACACAUUAGCCUUAUUUUUGCAGUACAUCAGUGGCUUUCAGCUAUAUGAACACUGUGAAAAGUAACUGCUAAUGUAAACUGAAUGUUUUCUGCCACUGCUGCACCAUCCUAAAAGUUUUCUAGCUGGUAGUGCAGUGUGCAUAUCAUAUUUUAGGUUUUAGCUAAACUGCUUUACACUAAGACUGAACCAACCGAGGUAUUGGAAAAGCCCCAUUGAUAGAGCUGUUUGGCAAAUUGCUACUUCUUGUAUUUCCAUGUUGUCGUUCUCACUUCCACUCAGUUUCCAGGAUUCCUCAAGAUCCAAGUGUCAACAGAUAAUAUGAUUUGAUUUUUAUGAAGACAGUUGAAUUAUGGAUUAUUACAGCCAUAAGGUGACUUUAGCUCUUCUGUAAUGUAAAUGCCCAGUUGUGUAAAAAAUGAAUCAGAUUUGCACUGUACAGUUGUGGUCAGGCAUCUUCCUGUGUAACAAGACAAAUGUUCAGUUACCUGAUCUGUCAUAUUCAUGUCCUGAUGGAAUGAUUUGAGGUUAUAUGACUGUUCUGAAAUCAGUGCGGGGGUUUUUUUGUUGUUGUUAUUUGUUUGUUUUGGGGUUGUUUUGUUUUUUAAAUUCCAUAUUGUUUGUUUUUGCAGAAAAAUUGAGAAAAUUGUUUUAAGAUUAAGUGUCCCCAUUUUAAGACCAAGAAAACAAAUGUUUGUGAUGUCAUUUUUGAAAAUGAGAAAUUGUACAGCUGAUGAAAAUUAAAAUCAUCUUA